AAAGAAAUAACAAACAAAUCACUUAUCAUUCUCAAGAAGAGAAUAUAAAUAUAAAUAGAGAUAUCUUCUUUCUCGCGAAACCCUAAUCUUCGAUUUCCGCUGCGUUCUUCCGAAUCUCCGUCGGAUCUCAAAUUCGUUUUUCUCAGUGCUGAAAUCUCCGGGGAAUGCAGAGAAGGUUUUGCUGCGAGGUGGACAACGGCUGGAAGGAGUCCCUCUCUCAAGGGAUUGUCAUCGUCGGCCCUAAAGCAAGAACCAGGGACAAACCUUGGGAUCAUCUUCUCUAAUCUUUCUUCAUGGCUCGGAUCUUGGUUCAACGCGGAAGUUCUUCCAAUGCAACCACCCGCUCUACUUCCUCCUCUUCUGGCUCCUCUUCUGCUUCGUCAUCUGGCUCUGGAACAGAACCACCAGCGACUGUUUGUGAAGAAACUACGGAUGAGGUUACUGUAGUUGAAGAAGAAGCAGAGUGUUCUGAUGCUAAGGAUGUAUCACUCCCCAGUGAUGAACCUUUGGCUAAAGAAGAUGAUGAAGGUUUGGUUGUUUCGGAAAACGUUGUUGUUGUUGAAGGUGAAGGUGUAGAUUGUGAUUCUCCAGCUAGUGGUGGCGAUGACCCUGAUUCACCAUCACCACCCGUGCCUGUUCCUCCACCGAAGCCUUCUUCUAAUGUUAACAGGAGAUCGAUCUUGGGAAGUUUUGGUGAUUUACAAAUUGGAGCAACAACAAGAAGAGGAGCUGGGCCUCGCUCUCUUGUAUCCACUAGGGGUUCGCCAACUGGAUCACGUCCUUCUUCCCCAAGAUCACAGAGUGAGAACGAAGGCUAUAACAGUUCUGAUGAGCACAUGCCAUCUUUUAUUCCCUCUCAUUCAGGCUCUGGCUCUGGCUCUGGCUCGGAACGAGAACAUCAGUUUGAAACCGAGAUUAGACAAUCAAAAGGCUUUGAAAUUAGGCGUAUGUUGGAAGAUGGAAAUUGUCUCUUUCGGGCUGUUGCAGAUCAAGUAUAUGGGGACUCAGAGUCAUACGACUUAACUAGACAAAUGUGCAUGGAUUACAUGGAACACGAGAGGGAUCACUUUUCUCAGUUCAUAACUGAAGGCUUUACCUCUUACUUGAAGAGGAAAAGAAGAGACAAGGUCUAUGGAAACAACGUGGAGAUCCAAGCUUUGGCGGAAAUGUAUAAUAGGCCUAUCCAUAUUUACUCAUAUAGCACAGAGCCUAUCAACAUAUUUCAAGGGAGCUACAACACCGAUACACCUCCUAUAAGGCUGAGUUACCACCAUGGGAAUCAUUACAAUUCGUUGGUUGAUCCACAUCGAUUGACAGUUGGUGCAGGACUUGGAUUUAGUAGCCUGACUGGGAGACAAGUGGACGGGGAGCAGGUGAAAGCUGCUAUAAAGGCUCAGCAAGAACAUCAGAUUGAUAAUGCGCUCAUAGCAGAAGGGAGAUAUUACUCUGACCUUGAGCUUACUGAGAAGGAAAUAGAACGAUCUGUAAUGGAAGCUUCUCGUGCUGAGUAUCUUAUGGAACGGUCUAAACCACGAAUUGGUCCCAAGGAAUCAUCCACCUCUAAUGCUGGGACGUCCUCUUCUGGAGCUAGAACUUCAGGCAGUGAUAGGAAACCAAUCGAGAAGACGGUGCUGAGCAGCAGCAUCGAGAUGGUUUUGUCGAUGGGGUUUAGCUACACGCAGGCCAUUGAAGCCUAUAGCAUUUUUGGGGACGAUGUUGACUCUAUGGUCUGCUAUGUGCUGGAGACGAGCUGUGGCAGCAAAAACCGACGCAAAGGCAAAGCCACGGAAUAGAGAAUGUAACAUGAGUUGUUGCUGUAUUGAUAUAUAGAACUACCAAGGAAGUACCAACGUUUGGGAGAUUUAUAGACCCUUAAAUCAAAAUAAAUAAACUUCCUGCAUAUUGGCAUGUAUGUUUGGCUUAUGUUCUCUUAGUCCUAUUAGUUGAAUAAGAGAGAAAACAAACAUUCUGAAAAGAUAAUGGAUGCUUACAACUCCUUCAAGACCCAUGAUUAUUAUUAUAAACCAGAGUUUUACCA